AUGUUGGAUUUUUUUGUGGGUCAAAAAUCGUGUCGGACGGUGUCGUCUGAUGCUUCAAGUGCAACAGUAGAUGAUCUUAAACCAGGAAGAAAAUAUCUGUUUAAAUUAGAUGUUGAUAUUAAGACACAUGAUAUUGAUGGAAUCUCUAGCUCAUAUAUCAGAAUUAAGCAUCCUUUAGAUUCAAAAAUUGAUUCCUAUCUCAAAAAAAUAUUAAAUUCUACUAAUUUUGAUGAAUUCAUUAAAAUUCUUGAUUUUAUUGAUACAACAGCCAAUAUUCAAUGGAGUAAACCUGAGAAUAUUUCUACUGAUGCAAAAAUGGAUGUUUUUGUAAUCAAAUCAAGUAAUAUUGGGGAACCUGAGUUGAUUGACGGUGUAGAAUCUAAUAAAUUAAAUAAUUAUGUACAUCGAAUCAAAAGAGAAGCCUAAUGAAAUCCCAGAAUCACUUGAUUAUUCAUAUAACAAUACUACUAAUACAAUUUUGUUCAAAUGGGAUAAACCUUUGAAUAGUCCCACCACAGUACAUUAUGUAUUUGUAGUUUUAGAAGAUAGAAUUUGGAGAUUACUUUAUGAUUCUUCAGAACAUCCAACAUACAAUAUGAGUGUUUCGUCUCUUCAUCAGAAAUUUUGAAGUUCUCCUUUCUGCUUGUAAUAUUUUAGGCUGUUCAUUGGCAAUCACCAAAACUGUAAGUAUAGGGUAGACCUUAUACUUUUGUGUAAUUUUGACCUUUUGGUUGAAAUACCACAAAAAAUGCGAGUACACAGUAAUAACAACGUAACCAAAUGCAAGUUGGGAAAAAAUAAAAAUAAACGUCCAUUACUCUUUAUUUGUGAAAAAAAGAGACAUGUAAAUGUUUAUAAAUGAUUUUUAAAUCCAUUUGAUAAUAUAUGACAUCAGUUGAAAGCUUAAGGGUAAGAAAAUGCAGCAGGAGGUAUACAAUCCAAAGGGAACAUUCUAUUGGACUUGGAAGUUAAAACAGCAGUGCGUCUUCUGGCGCCGGGAAGACGUUGACACGCCUCCGGGGCUACCU